GUAUCAAGAUAAUAAAUGAAACCACUUCGUAAUUUUCCAAUUUUAUAUUUUUGUCAAUUGUGUCUAGGUCGAGAGCACGCUCUGCGCUUAUUCGAGUCAUUAUUUUGGAGCUGUUUGGAACCAAACUUAUCAUCAUGCCUAAUGUCAAGCUCUACUACUUCCCUGUUAAGGCGCUCGGUGAGACUAUUCGUCUACUUCUCACUUAUGGUGGCCAGGACUUUGAAGACAAGAGGAUUCCCAUGGAGGACUGGCCAGCGUUUAAGCCAUCGACACCUUUUGGCCAGAUGCCGGUACUAGAGAUCGAUGGUAAGACUUACGCACAGAGCUUUGCCAUCUCCCGGUACCUGGGCCGCAAGUACGGCCUCUCCGGAGCCAAUGCUGAAGAGGAUCUGGAGAUUGACCAGAAUAUGGACUUCGUUAAUGAUAUCCGUGCGAAGGCCGCUUCCGUCCGAUAUGAAAACGACCCGGAAGUGAAGGCGAAAAAGCACGCGGAAUUCACUAAAAACGUCUACCCGGCGUUGCUUGAGAAACUGGAUGAGGUCAUCAAGAAGAACAAUGGACACAUUGCUGCUGGAAAGCUCACCUGGGCAGACUUUGUGUUCGCUGGAAUGUUCGACUUAUUAAAGGUUAUGCUCCAAACUCCAGACCUCGAAAAGAAAUACCCAAGCUUCCAACAAGUGGUUGACGCGGUGUACUCUCUGCCCCAACUCCAGGCCUACAUCAAGAAAGCACCUAAAACUGAAUUUUGAAAUGACAAUAUUUUUUUGUUAAAAAAGUUAUAAUUGGUAAAUAUAUCCGAUAUCAGGUUUCUUGUAAUACAAAAGAUACUAUGUACCUACUGGUCACUAAAUCAAUAUAAAAAAGAUAUAUUUGUGUGUAUAUGUUGGAUACUUUUUCCAAAAGCAAUUUAAUUGCAUUUAAUAGUUUGUUCAUCAUAGCAGUGCCUUAAUAAUUUAACUUUAUAUUUAAUGUAAGAAUAAAAAAUUAACAGUA